AUGGCGUCUCAUGGCAAGGUGAUGGACCUAUUCGACGAGCGCUAUCUCGAGUUACAAGAUGUUGUUGGCAACGUCGAGCCGCUACCCACUCUCGUACCUUAUGAGCAGUACAAGGCUCACGCCAUCACCUACCGAAUGGACACGAACCACGACGUUUUCUUCGCGCUUCUCCAGGACUUCACGGAGCGCAAGGCGUUGGAGACCGACAAGGAGCUAUGGACGUGGUGUGUGCAGUGGGAAGUCAGUCAGUCAGCGGCUCGCCAAUCCCUCGCGGCACCGCAAUCAGCAAAGAGACCUCGCCUUGAUUUGGACCAGCCAAACACCCCUACCGCGCAGAAACCGGCCAGCAACGCCCCUCCGAUGACUCUGCAUGCUCGCUGUAUCGAUCCCGAUCUCUUGCACGAGGAGGACAUGUUGCGCAUUCUGGUCGAUAUCGUGCAGGUCGACAGCACAGUGGUACCCAACUUUAUCGAGUUCCUUUACAGGUGGAUCGACUUUUACGAAGGGGACGGGAAGGCUCUGAAGGCGGCUCUACAUGGCGAGAUUCCGAGUUUGUGGGACUUUGAAUACCAUCCGUUCCUUGUUCCUCAGGAAGUCAAAAAGGAAAUGAAUCAAGCAACUGGUGUCGCCAAAGAUGGCGGGAAGGACGGACAAGGCGGUGACACAACCACUCAGAUGCGACAAAAGCCUGACCUAGCGGCACUUGAACGCAAGACAGAAGAAAGCGAACGUCUAAAGUACCGCGAAGUACACUUCGGCAUACAGCCCCCAAAGACAGACGAACCCCUGCCGCCUCUUAUCAACAUCCCUCGAGACCAGUACAAGCGCGCCAAGUAUUACGAAGCUUGCUUCAAAUCGCGACAACGCGCUUUCUUCUUACUCGUAGAAGCAGGAGUCACCCCACAGAAUAUGAGAGACUACCAAAGAGAUCAGACAAUGAGCCUGCAAGAGACGCCACCGCUCGUGGACGCAGGCGGUCUCAAGAACUACGAGAAGGACGCAAAACUCGCGCAGGCUUUCAAGUCGCUCAAGGAGCGACAUAGAGCAAAGCAAUUGGAAAUUUCCAUCAGCAACAAAUUGGCGGACGAGGCUCAGUUUGCUGCGCGCAGUGCUGCUCCCCAAAGCCCAUCGGGUGUCCCUCUCAUUCCUACCACGACCAGUCACGCCCAUCGCCCGAAUGUAACUGACAGUCUGUUGCGCAAGAUUCAGCAGACCAAAGAUGAGGGGCUGCAAAGGAUCAACAUCGUUCCUACACCGCUUGUGGGUAAGAUGAAGAGCACGCUGUUCCGAGGUGCAAGAGACAAAGCAGGCUUGUCAGAGAUGUUCGCGCGUAGUAAUUUCCCAUCCAACCCACGUUCUUCAGGCAACUUUGACGGCGGUAGGCCGAACAAAAACAAUGACGGCGAUGGGAGUACCGAUGAGGAUUCUGACGACGGCAUGAGUGUCCCAAGGGCCAGAAUGCGACGCUCUGAUCAUGCACCACCUCCGGCUUUUGCACAGCGUCUCGUAGCUGCUCAAGAGACACAGGGUCAUACCGCGAGCUAUGGUCAGCGACUUCCAAAUGCCGGACUACCCGAACCACGGGCACCAGACCUGCCAAGUCUUAGCAGACCAGUUGAUCAGGGUGGAUCUAUUCAGCAGCGCCGACAGCUCCCUCUCAAUUCUCUACUGGCUCCUCCUCAGACGACCAUGCAGCGCACUGCUCCAUCUCCGCUUAACCUGCGACCACCAGGUUCUCCUCUCUCAUCCUUCGCACCAAGUCUGCUAGCCACUUCUCCCUUUACGACAUCUCAUCGCGGUAUUCCCAUUCAGAUCUAUUUGCCUAAGAUCGUCGUACCCGCAAACACCAUCGGUCCCGGCGGACUGAAGUUAGGCGACAAUGGAGUAGCCGAGACUGACGCCUUCCUCCUUGGGUACACACAUCCCAAGAGUGGGAAGAUAACCCUCAAUCGCGCAGUCUUUCUACCCUUGGGCGUAUGGGCCAACGCGCAAGAUAGAGUGCGAAAGGGUCACUACAACGUGCUGGAGAGCUAUGCAGCACCGGAUGGAAGACCAUCAGUACCGCAUCGCGCUGCCUAUGAGAAGGCGAAGCAGGCUUACGAGAUGAUGAUGGUGGAAUCUCCAGUAGUGAGGGAGCGAGAAUUGACAAAGAGGUGGAGGGCGAGUAGGGGAAGGAUGACGGCGACUCAGAGGGGUGCCGUCUGGGAAGGUUGGGCUUUGGAGAUUGACAGAGAGAUCGCUCUGGACAAAGCGGACAGAAGGGGUGCUUUUGUACAGAAUGCGCUGGUUGAUGGAGUGGAUGAAAAUAGUGAUGAGGCUAGGAGGAGGAGGGAGAUUGAGGAGUUGCUAGAGACGGAUGAGGCGUGGGAUUAUGAGGAGGACGAGAACGACGAAGACGAAGACGGAGUUGAGCAGGAAUACGGGGAUGAAAUGGAGGAGGAUAAUAGUGAUGAUGAUAGCGACAACGGUGACAGCGACGACGAAGAUGACCAUGAGGAGGAUGAGGAAGACGGGGAGGAUGAAGAUGUGCACAUGGAAGGUUAG